AUGAAAGGAAAGCCUCAAAACUUUCAAGUUCUUGGUAAUAGGGGUAAUUAUUUCAAGAACAGAGAUUUCUUCUGCCAUCAGAUGUCUUUCUGCUUGACUGAACUGCACCUGUGGUCUUUGAAGAAUACCUUACACAUUGGGGAUAGAGACAUUGGGAUCUACCAGUAUUACGACAAGAAAGACCCACCAGUAUCACUGACAGAGCAUGGUAACAUAGAAGAAAAGCAGAAGCUGGCAGAAUCACGAGAUUAUCCGUGGACACUCAAAAAUAGACGCCCAGAAAAACUUCGAGACUCACUCAAGGAGUUGGAGGAAUUGAUGCAAAACAGUCACUGUGUGCUGAGCAAAUGGAAGAACAAAUAUGUCUGUCGGCUCCUCUUUGGUUCAGGUGUGCUGGUGUCCUUAAGCCUCUCUGGGCCACAGCUGGAGAAAGUGGUGAUUGACAGAAGCCUGGUGGGGAAGCUCAUCUCUGACUCCAUCAGUGAUGCUCUUCUCACAGACAGUUUCAUCAUCCUAUCAUUUUUGGCACAAAACAAACUAUGUUUUAUUCAGUUUACCAAGAAGAUGGGUUCUCCUGAUACAAACAAAAGACUGGAAAAACUCUCAGCUUUGGAUUAUAAGAUUUCCUAUUACGAGAUACCAGGCCCAGUAAACAGAACAACAGAGCGUCGUCUAGCUAUCAAUUGUGUUCAGGAUAUAGUUGUUUGCUGGUGGCCAUUGGUCAGUGAUGAUGCUUGGCCUUGGGCCCCCAUUUCUCCUGAGAAGGACAGAGCCAAUCUGCUGCUCCUAGGUUAUGCUCAAGGAAGACUGGAGGUUUUGAGUUGUAUCCGCACGGAAUGGGAUCCACUGGAUGUUCGCUUUGGCACCAAACAGCCUUAUCAAGUGUUGACAGUGGAGCGCUCCAUCAGUGUAGACAAAGAGCCCAUGGCUGACAGCUGCAUCUAUGAAUAUGUUCGGAACAAAAUCCAGUGUAUAUCAGUAACCAGAAUACCACUAAGAUCAAAGGCUAUUAGCUGCUGCAGGAAUGUUACUGAAGACAAACUGAUUCUGGGCUGUGAAGAUUCUUCAGUAAUUCUUUAUGAAACUCACCGUAGAGUAACUCUCUUAGCCCAGGCUGAACUUUUGCCUUCAUUAAUAAGCUGCCACCCAAGUGGCGCCAUUCUACUAGUUGGCAGCAACCAAGGGGAGCUGCAAAUUUUUGAUAUGGCUUUAUCCCCUAUUAACAUCCAGCUCUUGGCUGAAGACCGCUCACCCAGGAAGACUCUGCAGUUCAAUAAAUUCUUUGACAUUUCCAGCAGUCUUGUUCAAAUGCAGUGGAUAGCUCCUCCAUUGGUUUCUGAGAAGCCAGAACGUGGGGACAUUUAUGAUCUCCUCUUCCUCAGGUUUGACAGAGGACCUUUGGGUGCGCUUUUGUUUAAGCUUGGUAUUUUCACGCGAGGACAGCUGGGCCUGACAGACAUCAUAUUCCAGUAUAUUCACUGUGAUGAGAUCUACGAGGCAAUAAACAUCCUGAGCAGUAUGAACUGGGACACUCUGGGCCACGAGUGCUUUAUCAGCAUGAGUGCCAUUGUAAACCAUCUUCUUAGACAAAAACUCACUCCAGAGAGAGAAGCACAGCUUGAGGCAAGCCUUGGAACCUUUUAUGCUCCAACAAGACCACUCCUGGAUACAACCAUAUUGGAAUAUAGAGACGAAAUCAGCAAAUAUGCAAGAAGAUUCUUCCAUCACUUGCUCAGGUACCAGAGAUUUGAAAAGGCAUUUCUGUUAGCUGUUGACAUUGGUGCUCGUGACCUGUUUAUGGACAUCCAUUACUUUGCACUAGAUAAGGGUGAAUUGGCACUAGCUGAAGUGGCAAGAAAAAGAGCUAGUGAUAUUGAUGCAGAAUCAAUAACCUCUGGAGUUGAACUCCUGGGGCCUUUGGACAGAGGAGAUAUGCUAAAUGAAGCUUUUGUUGGUUUAUCUUUACCUCCUCAAGGAGAAGACAAAUUUCCAGAUAACCUCCCUCCCUUUUGUUCAGUCCAUAAACAUAUUCAACAAAGAACACUGAAUGACUCUUCUAAUAGACAAGUACUUGAUGGAAGAAAUGAACUUGAAAAAGACACUCGUGCUCAAUCUUUGAUGACUAAGACCUGCAAUGAAAAAGGAGAAAUGAGAGAAGACUGCGAAGAACAGGAAAUUGGAGAUGGUGGUUCUCUCAGAAUGGUUCACUUUGGCUUGGUGUAAACAAUAAGAAACUUUCUUUUUACUUAAAAAAAAAAACCUCUAUUUUUCACAUCUAAACUUUUUCAUGGCAUGAUACAGAUUAAAAUCUCCCUAUACAGAUUAAAAAGAGGAAAGACAGUAUGAGUUAUUUAAGAGUUUUAAACUCAAAGUAUUCCCACAGUAAACUUUUAUUACUUUCAAAAACAUGUAGUGUAACAGCAGUGAUCCUAAGUAAAAGUCCUUAAUUUAUUUUCAAUAAUGUAAAAUUUUGGAAGUUUCUUAAAUUGUACAUUAUUAAGUGCUUAAAAACUAAAGUAUUUAAACUUGGUUCUCUCAAGUAUUUUAAACAUUUCUUGUGAUCUUAUUUACAUUAUUAAUUUGCAUUAUGAAUAAGAUAAUUAUUAAGCAAAAAUUUCCACUCAGACCCAUUGUUGGGAGAUAAUUUUCUAUGGGUCUCUUGAAUUUUUGCCAUGAGGCAAACAAUGUCUCUUGGAGCCAGAUACCAUCUCCCUCUGAAGCACAAGUCAGGCAUGCUUACUGCCAAUUGAAAAGCUUUGUUUUCUUUUUUUGUUAAGAUUUUAUUGGUAAGUAAUCUCUAUGUCCAAUGUGGGGCUCAAACUUACUACCCCAAAAUCAAGAGUUGCAUGCUCCACUGACCAAGCCAGUCAGACUUCCCACCCACUUGAAAAGAUUUAAAGCAUCCUGAGCUCAGAGUUCCUAUCUUUUACAUAGCCCACUGAGUGUGCAGGUAUCAUCAGACCCUCUUUGUAUCACCCCGUGGGAAUGUGCUUAGAAAUCAAUGCCCCUCACCAAAAAUUGACACUCCAGCUGUUAUUACUAUGAGUAAUAAACUGUCUUUUGUUUCUGAUUCUGGAGUCUCAUGUCUCCUACCAGCAUGAAACUGUUAACUUCGUAACUUGUUAGCUUACAAGUACAGUAAAACUCUCAAACCCUUCACAGUUCUUGACACCCAUUCAUUAGCAGAUAACAUGUAUUUUACAACAUUAAAUGUCUAUAAUAAUCAACAUCUUUUUCAAAUGUCAUAUA